CCAUAUAAAUAAAUGUGUCUGUACUAAUACAUUUUACUGUAAUAAUUUUGUUGUGAAACUUUUGACUUUUAACAGUGAUUUUUACUCUAGAGAUGGAGAAGGCCGAAAUUUUUCGCAAAAGGACUGGAACGACGGAUAAGGGUAAGGAAUACGAGAAUGCCGUUAUCACCAAAGUUAUCCUCCAACUAAUAACCGACGAUACUGUCAAAAAUUUUCAUCUCUCGUCAAACGAUGAACAAUUUGGAGCAUUUGACGACUUAGUCGUCAAACUUGAAUCAAAUAAAGGUAUCGAUGUGAUAGCAAUGCAGUUGAAGCACAGCGAGAGAAAAAUAUUGUCCACAGAACAUUUAAAAUCCAAAAAAGGGGAUUUCAGUAUUAGUAAAUAUUUCAAAUGUUACCAAGAAAUAGGGAGUACUACAGACGAAUUUAUACUCUUCACCAAUCGUCCAUUCAAUUGCAACGACAAUGUAAAAUUUCAGCUCGAAGAAGAGGCGUUUUAUAUUCAGCCGAUUGAAGCAAAAGGCAGCUUAGAAGUUUCAGAAAAAGCAAAUCGGGUUUAUCAGUUUCACGUAGUCGAAGAUCCAUCGACCACAGGAAACCUUCCCAAAAUUCAAGAAUAUAAAGCCUUUUUUGAAAAAUUUUAUCUAUACACCGAUCAAGAAAAUUUUGAUAGUAUGAGAAAUUCAACGAUGAACAAAUUCAGAGCAACAUAUACUUCAAACGAGGACAUAUUCGACAAAGUUUUUAAAAUGAUAUCUAAAUGGAACAUGCAAGAAGGUAGUAAGGCAAAACUAACCAAAAAGUGGAUGAGGACGGUAAUUGCGCUGCAGCUUCUGUGUUCUCACAUCGAGCCUUUAUCCCUUGGUUCAGUAAACGAGAGGACGAAAAUUUUUCGAGAAGUUAUUGCGCAGUUCGACAUCACAUUAUUUGGGGAAAAAUCAUGUGAAACGGUUAAACAAAUGUGGGGUGACAGUAGAGAAGACAAGAUCGACGUUACUGAAUUAACUAGAGUUGGAAGAAAUUAUCAACUUGCCACCAGUUGCAUCGAUGGGAAUAACUUAAACGUAAUGGCAUUUAGUCAAAUAUUAUGGAUAAUGGACAAAUGUCCACUGAUAGUUCAUGAGUUUGAAGGCUUUGAGACAGUCAUGCAGCUCUGUCCAGAGAAAAAGUUCAUCUUGGUUGGUGCAGACAAGAAGAAGGGAUGGAUGACAAAUUAUUCGGUGUUUCGAAAUUUAUCGGACUUGUCUCAGAAGCGUGACAUGCGUGAAAGAGUGAUGCACAGUUUUACAAUAUCUAUCCAAAAAAAGAAAGAACUUGAUCUUUUAAGCGCUUUCGGUAAUGAUGAACCAUUUUUAGAAAUUAUUACAACAGACAAUUUGGUGGAAAUGCUAAAUGGUCCAUGUAAUAUAGGCGGAGAAAAAGAAACACUUCCUGAACCCUACAUUGAACGCUAUCUUUCUAGAAAUAUUAUUAGUAUCGCGUACCUAGAAAAAGUUCAAGAAAAUACGACACUUGUCUUAAAUUGUGCAAAUAAUUUAGACAAAGUAAAAGACAAACUUAGCAAAUACAAAUUAAUUGACAUCGAUAACUUUUUACAGAAAAAGAAUCAAAACUUUGAAAAUUUAACGAACAAUGAAUUGCAUAAGUUUAUAUUUAAUCGAAGUAAACACAAAGAUACUUUUAAUCUUGAUAAAUCCACCUUUGUUAACACGAUCUAUGUAGGUAAUAGGAAUUACACUGAUUCAGAGUUACAACAAAUUUGCAGUGAAAACACAGAAAUCAAAACAAUUCACUACUUUAAACUUUUAAAUGAUGGAAAUUUGGAGUGGAUUAAAAGCAGAGGUGAUGUUAGUGAUUUAGAGAGUUAUAAAUUUUCUGGCAAAUAUUUUAUUAACGAACACGCACUUUGGUCUUCCCGAUUAGAUAACAAUAUUAAUUUAAUAACUGGCGAUCCAGGAAUGGGUAAAUCUGAGCUAAUGAAAAGCUUUAAAAAUAAAGCCCCACGCGAAUAUUGGACAGUCAUAAUUCACCCUAAAGAAGUUAAUUCAUUUUUUAACCAUAGCAAAUUUUCUGAAACAGAUUUAUUUGAAACAUUUAUCAUGAAAGAAAAAAAUCGAUCAUUCAAAACCUUAGAUCAAAGCUUUUUCGAAAUGUGUGUUAAGAAAAACCGUGUUAUUUAUGUGUGGGAUGCACUUGACGAAAUCCUAAGCGAAAAUUUAGACGCCGUUUCAAAAAUAAUCUUCCACCUCUCGAAAAAAGGUUGCCUUCAAUGGAUCACCAGUCGAACCCAUCUAAGAACAUUUCUAGAAAAAAAAAUUAGUUUGCUUUCGCUGGCUAUAAAUCAGUUCAGUGAACAAGAACAACAAGAUUACAUAAGAAAACGUCUAACUUUUUCGGUUUCUGGUGACGAAAUUGAGGUCACCGUAGAAAAAAUUAAAUCAUCAUUUGCGGUUGUACAGCAUGUGGACAUAUUAGGAAUUCCGCUUCAAAUAUUCAUGACUACAGAACUAUUUCGCCAAAAUAAAGACAAAUAUUUGAGACUAAUGGAAAACUCGUUUCUUUUGACCGACUUAUAUGAAUAUUUUAUUGAGGAAAAAUUUAAUAGUUUUUACAAAGAUAAAAUGGGAUUCGAUGUUCAAAAUCCCCACAUGGAAAGCAUAAUUCGUGAGAAAAAACGAAAAGCUUUAGCUCAUUACGAAAGUAUCGCAUUUAAAGUCGUAUUUCCUGGAGAAAUUUUACAGCGAUUAAACAUCGAUUGUGAAAAGCACAUGGAAAAAGUUUUGCAAAGAUAUUCGUCCCUUGGUCUUGUUAAAGACUUUCAAAAUAGUGUGCCACGUUUUCUUCAUGGCUCUUUCGCGGAAUAUUUAGUUGCUACAUAUUUUUCAAAACAUUUUGAUAAUAUUAAAAACACACUCGUGGACGUAAUAUUUGACGCUAAGUACAAUAACGUCCGGUUUUUCUUUGACGUGUUGAUGGCCGAAAACUCGAAAGUGCACAUAGCCGUCUUAUAUAAAAACUACGAAUUACUUCAAACGUUUGAUGAUGAAAUUUUAACACGUAAAGAUAACGGUGGCCGAAGUGUUUUACAUUUGAUUUCCUCAUGGGGACAAAGACACCCGCAAGUAAAAAUAACGGGUGUACCUGGACAGUAUAUUGUACACGAAAACAACAGUUUCAGUAAAAAAGCGGAAAAAGAAGCGUAUUUUAAAACUGUUAGGUAUUUACAAAGCAAGAACGAUGUUGACGAAAAUGACGUGUUAUUGGGUGCGACGCCACUGUCUUACGCCAGAAAAAGCGAGAGUUUAGGGGCGGAACUAAAAUUACUUCAAACCAUAAACUCUGCCUUAAAUCGAUCAUGCACUUGUAAUGAAAUAAUAAACCUCUUGUAUUAUUCCUCUUUGCUAGGCUACGAUGAGGUGUGUAAAUUAUUUACGGUUCAAGAAUUAAGUAACCUUUGGCACCAAGUGAAAUUUACUACCGCAGAAACGGCUAAAACUCCUCUUUUGUUGGCAUCCGAAAGUGGUCAUCUAACAAUUGUUAAAUAUUUGCUAAAAUCUGGUGUCGAAAUUGACUGCGUUAGUAAAUCCGGAAAGACACCACUUUAUGCAGCUUCGCUAAAUGGCUACGGAAAAAUUGUAGAGUCGUUAGUGAAAGCCGGGACCCAAAUAAAUCGCGAUUGUAAAGAGGGUGUGACACCACUUCAUGUGGCAUCAUUUAAUGGUCACGAAGAAACGGUGAUCUGCUUAGCGAAAGGCGGUGCCGAUAUCAAUCGCCCUGAUAACUUGGGUGGAACACCACUUCAUGCGGCUUCUUUUAAAGGUCAGGCAAAAACUGUACAAUCCUUACUGAAUAUUGGCGCUAAGAUUAAUUGCACUGACAGUGAGGGCUGGACACCACUUCACAUAGCUUCCUUCAAUGGCCACGGAAAAACUCUUGAAUGCUUAGUCAAAAAUGGCGCCGAAAUCGGUCUCGUUUGUAACAAGGGUGAGACACCACUUCAUGUUGCUUCUCAAAAUGGCCAGGAACAAGUUAUUGUCUACUUAGUGAAAGUUGGCGCCCAAAUCAAUCGUGGUAAUUACGAUGGUGCGACACCACUUUACGUAGCCUCGCAAAGCGGUCACGAAAAUAUUGUCGAAAUCUUAGUGACAGCAGGUGCAGAGAUUAAUUGCCCCGAUAAUUUGGGUUGGAUACCACUUCAUGCAGCGUGCGAGUAUGGCUACGGAAAAAUUGUCAAAUACUUAGUCGAAAACGGCACCAAAAUCAAUUGGUCUAACCUUGAAAACGUGACACCACUUCACGUAGCGUCACAGAAUGGUCACGAAGAAAUUGUACAAUAUUUAGUAAAAGUCGGCGCCGAAAUCAACUGUCUUUCUAGAAAGAGUGAGACACCACUUCACUUAGCUACGCGCAACGGCCACGAAAAAACUGUACAAUAUUUAGUGAAAGCCGGCAGCGAAAUUGAUCGGGCUUAUGGUGAUGGUUGGACUUCGCUGCACCUUGCGUCCCAAUACGGCUACGAAAAAAUUAUUAGUUACUUACUAGAAGCCGGUGCCGAAAUCAAUCGAGGUAAUAAGGAGGGUGCGACACCACUUCACGUAGCUUGUCAUAGAGGCCACGGUAAAGCUGUGACACACCUGGUGAAAGCCGGCGCCGACAUCAACUGCGCUGAAGCUAUGGGUUGGACACCAUUCCACAUAGCCGCGAAAUAUGGCCACGACGAAAUUGUCAAAGAUCUGGCAAAAGCUGGCGCCGAUAUCAAUCGUUUUAAUAAAAGGGGUCAAACACCACUCCAUUCCGCUUCCCGACACGGUCACCAAAAUAUUGUCAAAUUCUUAGUGAAAGUCGGGGUCGAUGUCAAUUGUUCUGAUAAUGACGGCAGCACGCCACUUUCGGCAACUUGUCAAAAGGGCCACGAAGAGACUGUGCAAUUUUUAGUGAAAGCUGGCGCUGAAAUCAAUCGAUUUGAUAAUAUGGGUUGGGUACCACUUCAUACAGCGGUAGAAUGCGGACACGAAAAAACUGUGGAAUGUUUAGUGAAAGCCGGCGCCGAAAUCAAUCCCGUUAGUAAUGAGGGUCUGACUCCUCUUCACGCAGCUUGUCGAAAGGGCCAUGAAAAAAUUGUGGAAUAUCUACUUAAAGUCGGUGCUGAAACCAAUCGUGGUAAUGACGAUGGUUGGACACCCCUGCAUAUGGCUUCCGCGCACGGACAUGACGCUAUUAUAGAAUGUUUGAUAAAAGCCGGUGCUGAAAUCAAUCGCACUAAUCGGGAAAGUAUGACAUCACUAGAUGUAGCUUUCCGGACAGGCCAGGAAACUACUGUUCAGUACUUGGUGACACAUGGUGGCAAAAUCAAUAGCGCUAAACAAAAACGUGGCACACCAUUUUAUGAUGUUUCAAAAAGGGAAAAUAGGAACCAAAGCGCCUCUAAGCGAUUUAAUUGCAGCGUAAUGUAGUGAGUUGUAGAGUAUGUUUUAAUGUUACGUCUCUCUGUUAGUAUAGUUAAUAAAUAGGUAACCAAAAAUGAUACUACUAAAGUAGACAUUAUGUGCUGUUCCUUUGGAAAUUUUAUUAGGUGCACAAUAAAAUAAUGCUUUAAAGAACAUGUUUCAUAAACUCACUAUUAUGACACCAGUUCAAGAUUUUACGAAGUAAAACAAGCCUUUUUAUACUAUGUUUUAUUGGGGAAAUAUAACGCCUUUAUUUUAAAACGUCAUGACAAUAAAUUAAGUUAUUUUGACAGCCUUAGUUGGCAUCCAUCCAAGACAAAUUUAACGUACACCAUUAACCAAAAGAGUUUUUAAAGAAAUAAUGGGACACGAACGCUUCUUUUGUAUAUGCAAUUUAAAAAGUGUCGAUUUUCAUUUUAACAAGGAGCAAUUUUACGAAGGGCAAUUUGUACACUCGCUUCAAAGAAAUCGUUCAUAUAUAAACCCGAUAACAUAAAUGGCUAAAUUCUACAGAUUUCAUAUUUUUGCAAGUACAUUCGCCGCGUAAAGCUAUGUGUAACGAAACUUCCUGAAAUGGUAAUCUGAGAAAAAAAUAACUCGAAAAAUCACGAAAAUAAUAAAUAAGUGGAAUGCAAAGUAUUUAAAAAUUAAGAAGAAAAAGUUAGUGUUCAUCACUCAUCAACUGAUGUUACCUUAAAUUGUUGGAUUAUGACUGAUAUUAGUUGGUAUAUCGAUGUACAUUUAAUAACAAAAGUUUCUCUACAUCACUUCAUCACGUCUGCUUUGUCCUGUCGUGACUACAUUAGAAAUAUAUAAAUUGGAAUUUGAAGCUAUAGCCUGGCACCAUUUAGUAUUGCCUCAAGAUUUUCUUACCGAUUUUUACUAACAUUUACAACGAUCAACUGGCAACACAACAAUUGAGAUAUAAAUACGACAAAUAAUCUUUCAAGAUUAAUUACCAAAAUUCAACGUAACUUAUCAACUAAAAGGGAAGCAGAUUAUAAACUUAACUACUGACAGCUGUUCGUAAGCAUUUUAGCAAACUUGUAUACGGUGGACGAAAAUUAUGAUUUAUGUUUACUUCUAAUUGUCAACAGGAAGAACAGAUCACUCAGCAUAUCUAAAAGCAAUAGAUUAGAUGUGAUUCUAGGAAUCGAGGCAACCUUACAACGCUAUGAUUUUGAAACAUUACGUUGUUAUUAACUCUAUGCAAAAUGACUACUUAAAGCAGAUGAAAGAAGUCAAACUUCAAGAAAUGCAACCCACAACAUUCACUGACUUGUCCUUCGUGUUACAGAUGGAUGCAAAAAAUACGGAUUUAUUGAAAUUUGUGGGAAAAUUUCCUAUCAAUUACACCCAUUGCAUUCGGAAAAGCUCACAAUGUUGGAUGCUGUUUUUCCAUAUAUCUGGGGUAGAAUUGUUUAUUGUUGUACACCAAACAUCAAAACAGUGACUUUUAAGUUGCCAAGUAAAACAUCUCUUAUAAUAUUGUAAGGCCGGGAACUUGAAGCUUUGACAAUUCGGAUAUGAAUGCAAUUCAGAAUAGUUAGUACGUAUUUUCCAUAGAGAUGUUAUAAUUCUGUCAGUCAUGUUUUUUUCGUUGUUGAGAAUUAUUAUUUACUUCUAUUUGUUUAAAUGUAUUAUACAGUUAAUUUUUAUUUUUGAAUUA